GGUGUGAGGCAGUAACCUUUCAUCUCUGUACUGUAGGUCUGGGGUCGAAUCUAGCUUAGAUCACAGUUGGAAAGGAGUUUGGUGGUUUCAACUUAGUCUCCUCCUCAGUGGGCAGAAACACACAGUGUCUGCUUGGGGAAGCCCAGGACUUAACAGUAGACCUGGAACCAAAAAUGAAUUGGGCGUCUUUUUAUGCCGUAAUCAGCGGUGUAAACAGGAACUCCACUGGAAUCGGUCGCAUCUGGCUGUCCGUCCUCUUCAUCUUUCGAAUCAUGGUCCUGGUGGUCGCCGCAGAGAGUGUCUGGGGCGACGAGAAGUCAAGCUUCAUCUGCAACACGCAGCAGCCUGGUUGCAACAGUGUCUGCUACGACCAGUUUUUCCCCAUUUCCCACAUCCGCCUGUGGGCACUGCAGCUCAUCCUGGUGUCCACGCCAGCCCUCCUCGUGGCCAUGCACGUGGCUCACCGCCGGCACGUCGAGAAGAAGAUCCUAAAGCUGUCUGGCCACAGUAGCGACAAAGACCUGGCGCAGGUCAAGAUGCAGAGGAUGAAGAUCACAGGGGCCCUGUGGUGGACCUACAUGAUUAGCGUGAUUUUCCGGAUCCUCUUCGAAGCCGCGUUCAUGUACAUCUUCUACCUGAUCUACCCGGGCUACAAGAUGAUUCGGUUAGUCAAGUGCGACGCCUUCCCCUGCCCCAACACCGUGGACUGCUUUGUGUCCAGACCCACGGAGAAAACCAUCUUCACCAUCUUCAUGCUGGUGGUGUCUGGGGUCUGUAUCCUCCUCAACAUCGCAGAGGUUGUCUACUUGAUCACCAAGUCCUGUUUCAAGAGCUUGCCAGACCCGGAUUCUGGCUCCAAAGGUACUUUUUAUGGGCACAGGUUCUCCUCGUACAAACAGAAUGAGAUCAAUCAGCUGAUCUUAGACUCAAAAAUCAACGGGACGAAGAGAAAUCCCGAUUCUGAUAAGGAGGACAGGUGCUCGGCCUGUUAGAUGUCUUAAUCUAACCUCUGUGACCCAACCCAUUCAACUAAUCAAGCUUAACCAGUGUUUGAAGCAGGUUGGAGCUCAUUGUUUCUUCGAGCACUGAGACAGAGUUUAAUCUUUUACAAGUGUGGGGAUACUUCACAGCAUUUACAAAGCUGUAGAUUAUCAUUUAUAAUUUAUUUUGUAAAAACACAUGAUAACAUAACCCCUUAACCUUCAACCAUUCUUGACGCAGUUCUCUGUCCACAGGUAAGCCACCUCAAUAAAGCAUCAUCACGCCAUCCAUCUGCAAAGACCACAAAUACCUGUGUUUGUACUGAUCAGUGAGGGAGCGAACUGCUUACAGUGUUUAAAUGGACCAGUGUGAAGUAUCUCAAUUCCUCAAGCCGAGGUAACACACUGGAGGUUCUGCAAACACACCAUUCUAGAGGUUAAGGGGUGCAACUGUGUUUGAUUUUUAAGAGACAUAUUUCACACGCCACUUGAAAUUACAGAAUCGUGUGUAAUGCCAAAUACUUUGAAAGUGCCACGCGGCCUGUAUAUGACUAGAUGAAAUGUCCAUGAUUCAGUUGGUCUUUGAGAUGGUAUCAAUUUCGCGCCACUGAAACACAACUAACUUUUUUUUUUUUUUUUGGUCUCAGCUCGGAAGUGUGCCAGUAAUUGACAUCACCUGCUUUUCAAUGUCUAAAGUUAAGAACUUCUCUUUCAAUUCCCCCCCCCCUCUCUCUCUCUCUCUCUCUCUCUCACAGAGAUGUGGUAAGAGGCCACGAGCAAUACAUUAACCUUUUAGAUACAGUUUUCACUGAAAAAGUGUUUUUUUUUUUUUUUUUUUUUUUUUUUAUGUAAAUGAAAGCUGACAUGACUCUCCUCUGCCACAGUGGUCACAUUUCAAGCAUGUGUGUACUGCAGUGCUGCCAGUAUACACACAUGCAACGGGGACAACAUGACCAUCCUGCCACAGAAAGUGUGAUACUGCCACUGUCACGUCUGUAACUGCCACAUCUUUAUUCUAAAUGUUCCAUUGUUUACAUGUUGAGUGUAACUGUCACUACACUUCUAAAUGCAUUUAGAAAAGGGAAAUGCGUUGAAUACUGCCUCCAGUGGCACAUUGGGUCAUUGUUACACUUGAAAACUAACUUUACAAAGAUCAAUUUGUAUUGAGAUGAGUUUAAAUAAAGAAAAAAAAACUGUAAAA